AUGGAUUUAGACGUCCAAGACAAAGAUGACAAUGUUGUAGUGCAAUCUGGAAAUGAGAAGUUAAAGGAGUCCAUGAACAUAGUGGAAGGUGUAACAGCAAGGAGAGAUGUUAUAAUUGCACCUGAAGUGGGUAUGUUGUUUAAAAGUGAAGUAGAUAUGUAUGAUUUCUACAAGAAAUAUGCUUAUGCAGUGGGUUUUCCAAUCAAGAAAAGAAAUUCAAAGAAAGGGGAUGAUGGGGUUUUGAGAUAUUUGACAUUGACUUGUAGUCAUGAAGGCAGAAUAAUCAGUAAUAGCAGCAGUUCUUUGAAGCCGCGUCCAACAGUGAAGAUGGGUUGUAAAGCCAGAAUAUCUGCAUCUUCUGAUACUUUUGGGAAUUGGAGAAUUAACGUUGUAAACCUCGACCAUAAUCAUGACAUAAGUCCUUCUAAAUCCAAAUUAUAUCGAUGUAACAGACAAAUGAGCACACAUGUGAAACAAAAGCUUCAAAUGAAUGAUUUGGCAGGAAUCCCAUUGCAUAAAAGUUACAAUGUUGUAGUUGUUGAAGCAGGUGGAUAUGAGAACAUAACAUGUAUUGAAAAGGAUUGUCGUAACUACAUAGACCGAGUAAGACGCUUAAGACUUGGAGAAGGAGAUGCUGCAGCAAUUCAAACAUAUUUUUCGAAAAUGCAAGCACAAUGCCUAGGAUUUUAUUUCAGUAUGGAUUUGGACGAUGAAUCGCGUCUGCGAAAUGUAUUUUGGGCAGAUAAUCGGUGUAGGCAGGCUUACAAGGAGUUUGGUGAUGUCGUUACGUUUGAUACCACUUAUCUGACUAAUAAGUACGACAUGCCGUUCACCCCUUUUGUCGGAGUAAAUCAUCACGGGCAAUCAACACUACUUGGCUGUGAAUUUGAAGACGGUUGGAGAGCAAUGAUUGAGGAGUAUCACUUGCAUGAUAGUGAUUGGUUAUCUGGAUUGUACGAGAAUAGGGGACGUUGGUACGAACGUGCUCUUAGGAGUAAGGUUGAGAAGGAAUUUCAGGCUGAUUUUAAGUCAUUUUCGCAGAUGGUGCCCUGUGCAACACAAUUUGAAAUGGAGCAACAGUAUCAAUCAGUUUACACAAUUUCAAAAUUUUGUGAAGUUCAGGCAGAGUUCAUGGGAAAGGUGUAUUGUGACAUCCUGUCCACUUUUGAAAGAUGUUCCAAUAUGACGUAUGAAGUACGGGAAACAAUUAUGUGUGAGGGCCAUCGGAGGAAAAAGACGUAUAUCGUGGCAUACGAGAGAGAUAAAUGUGAAAUUAUUUGCACAUGUCACUUGUUCGAGUUUUGGGGGAUACUUUGCAAACAUGCGAUCACAGUGCUGGCUUGGAAUGACGUCACACAUAUUCCGGAUAAGUACAUACUACGGAGAUGGAUGAGAGAUGUUCGUAGAGCGCACACGAGAGUUGCAGUAAACUACGAUGGGUUAGUCAAUACUCCUACACAAUUGAGAUAUGAAGAGAUGUCUAACGAGUUUGCGCAACUCGUAAACCUUGCUGCAGAAGAUGAAAUACGUUCACGUGCGAUAGUGGAAUGGAUAAAAUACCAAUGCAAAGAGCUUACGACAACAAAAUCGAGUAUUGGAAGUAAUUUCGUGGAGCAAAACACUAUUUAG